UCUUCCCCAUUCAUGUAUCCUUUUGACUUCAAUCUUCUCCCUUGACAACUUACUAAAGCUGCUGAUCUUUCACUUUCUCAGUCAGUUUCUUUCACUUUCCUGGUUUCUUUCUUUUGCUUUAGCAUUCAUUCAGUACCCUUGUAGCUAAUUAAGAGCAAUAUUAAUUAAUGGCAUCCAGCUGCCCUUUCACUUCUUCAUGUGGUUCCAAUUGCUCGAGUAACAGCACUUGGACGCCAAAGCAAAAUAAGCAGUUUGAGAAGGCUCUUGCUUUGUAUGACAAGGACACCCCAGACCGUUGGCAGAAUGUGGCCAAGGCUGUGGGUGGGAAAUCUGCAGAGGAAGUGAGAGAGCACUACGAGAUCCUUGUGCAGGAUCUGAUCAAGAUAGAAUCAGGUCAAGUUCCUCUUCCCAAUUACAAGACCCCUGGGAGCAACAGUAGAUCAGGAUCUGGCGAUGAGCAGAGGGGCAUGAAGAAUCUAAGGCUCUACUAGUAAAAGCCUAAAGCUGCAGCCAUGCACGUGGUCUUUAUCAAAGUAUUAUACGCGCACAGUACAGGACAACAGUGAUGAAUCGCUCAACUAUGAAACGGUUCAACAAAUGCAUAAAAUGUUUAUUGAAAUAAAACGAAAGGACUCUUAUAUUUAUGGGCUCAUGAAUAAGUUUUGUCAUUGUCAUUGUGACGUUGUCUUA